CUGCCACUACCAUGGCCUCCUACCCCGUCUCGUACCAUGCCCUCCGCGACUCUAUUAUCUCCAAUGCAUCUGAGAAGAAGGGCUAUAAUCCAUUUCGUACCGCGAGCAUCUCGCCAGACAAGAGCAACCCAUGCUUCCCAGUCAUGCUGAAUCUGAUAGGCCCGUCAGCGGCUGCUUCUCGACAGUCGGCGUCAACACUGCCUCUCUCCAGGGCACCGUCGGCCUAUAAUCGAACGGCUCCUCCCUCGAACAACAAUUCGGAUGUAUUACGACUCUCGCCACGCGAACGGCGCCUUUAUAUUCCGCAGCCCUCGCCCCUCCACCUGUCGCAAGAAGGCCGUUACCCAAACCUCAAAUACGUUUUUAUCCCGCCAGAACGAAGAUUACGCACCUUACGAUUAACGCAAUCAAGUAACUCAUGGGUUGCCUUCGGCAGUAACUUCACACCAGGACAGCGAGCCGCGUCGGGAGCCACCCCACGUCGUUUCGGUGCAACCCUCUACGACCAUACCGCUAGAGCGGAGCAGGGGCAUGAAUGGGACGACAUGGGCUCUCCCAAAUGGUUCAGUGAUGCGGUUCGCCAGUAUUCGUCCGACGCAUAUCGGGCGUCGUCGAUACGGACGACUCAGACCUUGCAGGCUCAUGACAUUCCCUCGACACGGCCCAGGGACUCUUCUGACGACCGGCACGCGGGCUACGUAGCCGUGCACGUGUACGCUGAAGUGCCAGAGUCCGACGAUGCCAGGGCAAACCCGCUGUGUUGCAUCGCGUAUAUAUCCGGCAGGCGCAAAAACGUGCGUAGACGACUCGAGGACGAGUACACCGUCCUUCGGCUGCAUCUCGCCGGCAACGCGGAAUACGAACACGAGGUGCAUUUCGCGCACGAAUCAUUCCCCGGACUCGAGUUGGGGCGCAAGCUUUCGCUGGCCACGCUCAAGCGUAUGCCGCUCGCAUGGCUCACGUACGGCCAGCUCGACUGUCUCGCACAAAUCGCGCGCGAACUGCGCGGCGGGCCACAGUCUUAUCGGGAGUGGGUGCGUGGUCUGUAUCAGGCGGCGUGCACCGAAGGGCUAUUUCCAUGGACUGUGGAGAUGGAGAAGAGCAUCCAGACGGGACCUGUAAGGCCUAGGGCGCGGUAA